CGCUCCUGAACAGCAACAUAAACAGAGCGUGACUCAGGAAUCUGAAGAGAGAAGUCAGAUGAAGGACACGGAGUGUAAUCAAGGUCCAAAGGAGACGUGAUGGCCUUGGAUAGCUCAUGACACAAAGACUCAAAAUAUGCAAUAGAGCAUCAUCAAAGGAGCAAAGGAUAGACUUCUGAUUUGAGACGGUGGAAUGAAAGGCCAGACAGAGUCUUGAGAACACAGCUUCAAUGACAGCCCAGGUCACCACACCAUCAGGCUUCUGGGAAUCGAAACUAUUCUUGAAUUUGGAAAUGACUUUUGAUGACCUAAAGAUCCAGACUGUGAAGAACCAGCCUGAUGAGAAGUCAAAUGGAAAAAAAGCUAAAGGUCUUCAGUUUCUUUACUCUCCAUGGUGGUGCCUGGCUGCUGUGACUCUAGGGGUCCUUUGCCUGGGAUUAGUAGUGACCAUUAUGGUGCUGGGCGUGCAAUCAUCCCAGGUGUCUGACCUCCUAACACAACAGCAAGCAAACCUAACUCACCAGAAAAAUAAACUGGAGGGACAGAUCUCAGCCCGGCAACAAGCAGAAGAAGCUUCACAGGAGUCACAAAACGAACUCAAGGAAAUGAUAGAAACCCUUGCUCGGAAGCUGAAUGAGAAAUCCAAAGAGCAAAUGGAACUUCACCACCAGAAUCUGAAUCUCCAAGAAAGACUGAAGAGAGCAGCAAAUUGCUCAGCUCCUUGUCCGCAAGACUGGAUCUGGCAUGAAGAAAACUGUUACCUAUUUUCUUCGGGCUCAUUUAACUGGGAAAAGAGCCAAGAGAAGUGCUUGUCUUUGGAUGCUAAGUUGCUGAAAAUUAAUAGUACAGCUGAUCUGGACUUCAUCCAGCAAGCAAUUUCCUAUUCCAGUUUUCCAUUCUGGAUGGGGCUGUCUCGGAGGAACCCCAGCUACCCAUGGCUCUGGGAGGACGGUUCUCCUUUGAUGCCCCACUUAUUUAGAGUCCGAGGUGCUGUUUCCCAGACAUACCCUUCAGGUACCUGUGCAUAUAUACAACGAGGAGCUGUUUAUGCGGAAAACUGCAUUUUAGCUGCCUUCAGUAUAUGUCAGAAGAAGGCAAACCUAAGAGCACAGUGAAUUUGAAGGCUCUGGAAGAAAAGAAAAAAGUCUUUGAGUUUUAUUCUGGAAUUUAGGCUAUUCUUUGUCACUUGGGUGCCAAACGUGAGAGCCCAGAAAACUGUCAUUUAGCUGGCUGCAGAACUCCUUUGCAGAAACUGGGGCUCCAGGUGCCUGGCACCUUUAUGUCAACAUUUUUAAUUCUAGCUAUCUGUAUUAUUUCACCUAGCUUGUCCCAAGCUUCCCUGCCAGCCUGAAGUCCAUUUUCCCCUUUUUAUUUUAAAAUUUGACUCCUCUUCAAGCUUGAAAACCCUCUGAACUCAGUCUGCUUUACCUCAUUAUCACCUUCCCCUCACACUCCUAAAAUUGUAUAAAAGACAGAACAUGGAGAACUUGCUCAAGUGCAGGCAGAGAGCAAAAAGGGGAAAUAUGUCUGGGAAAAAGUGCACAUGAAGAAACAAAGGACAGAGGCCAUCCCGAAAUCAAGAAACUCAUGUUCUUAACUUUAAAAGAUAUCAAUCCUUGGUUUUUAAACUGUGGUCCAUCUCCAGACUCUACCACUUACAGACACACACACACACACACACACACACACGCACACACAUUUUGGGGCAAGUGGGGAGCCCAAGAAAGUAAUUAGUAAGUGAGUGGUCUUUUCUGUGAGCUAAUCCACAACCUGUUGCCACUUCCUGAAUCAGUUAUUAUUUCUUCACUUUUUUCUACCAGAGAACAGAUCAAUAGCUUUAACCCUUCACAACAGUUCUUGCUAGAAUCAUGGGAUGUGUGGCCCAGAGGUAAGAAUAGAAUUUCUUUCCCUAAAGAACAUACCUUUUGUAGAUGACCUCUUCUCAACUCUGUUUUGCUAUGCUAUAAUUCCGAAACAUACAAGACGAAAAUAAUGAAGACACUCAAUCUAGAACAAACUGAGCCAGGUAUGCAAAUAUUGCUGAAUAGAAACAGGUGGAAUUAGAAAUAUAUCUUCUAUUUUUAGGCUUCUAUUUCCACCCACUCUUCACAGGCUAUUCUACUUUAAAGGAAGCCUUUUUAUUUUGCUGCACAUAAUCUAGCAGGAAUCUUUUUUUUUUUUUUUUAAGCUGUAUCAUCCUUAUGUGGGCAAGAGAUGUUUGCUUUUGUUAAAAGCUGUAUUGAGAUAUAAUUAACACAAAAUAAACUGAACAUAUUUAAAGCGUACUAUUUGAUAACUUUUCACACCUUGUGGAGAACAUGCAUACUACAAUUAAGAGUGAACGUAUCCAUCAUCCCUCAAAGUGUCACAAUGCCCCUCCCGAUGACUCCUCCCCAGAAAACCACCAAUCGGCUUUCAUUUUGCAUUUUGUAGAGUUUUAUGUGAAUGGAAUCAUACAGUAUGUCUUUUUUUUUGGUCUGGCUUCUUUCACUUUGCAUAAUUAUUUUGAGAUUCAUAUGUCUCCAUCUUGAUGCUCGUAUGAAUUCAUUCUUUUAAAUGUUGAAUAUUCCCUUGUAUGGAUAUACCACAAUUCAUUUACCCAUUUACUUGUUGAUGACAUUUGGGUUGUUUUAGUUUUGGGAUAUUACAAAUAAAGCUGCUGUGAACAUUUGUGUACAA